CACGUCCAGACUUCGAAUACUCUCGCAUUGAAUGCCUCUCUUCUAUUCUAGCAAUCUAGAUUCCUCCUCUACUCAUCCUGUGAAUCUUACCAGAAUUUGAACAGGAUAUUACUAUCAAUACAGACAAUGAUGCUGCCCCUUGUUGCGGCCUCCGCAUUCCUGGUGGGUUCGGCCGCAGGAACGGUGACGGAACUACAGAGCGUGCUAAGAAACACCCACUUGAGCAAUGACUAUGGCUAUCCCACCGAUUUCACCAGAGGUGUCAUGCCUAUCCCAGUUCAUUCCCAUAAUGACUACUGGAGAGAUAUACCUUUCUAUACGGGCCUAUCUAAAGGCUGCAUAUCAACAGAAGCAGAUGUGUGGCUGUAUAACGGCACCCUCUAUGUCGGCCAUGAUGAGUCCUCUUUGACUGAGAAGCGAACAUUGGAGUCGCUCUACAUCAAUCCUAUUUUGGACGUACUCCAACGCCAAAACCCCACAACUCGUUUUGUGACCUCACCCACGAAGAACGGCGUGUUCGACACCGAUACCUCACAAACACUGUACUUCUUCAUUGACCUGAAGACGGCGGGGCCGGAAACCUUGGAUGCUGUUAUCAAGGCCUUGGAACCACUUCGUGCCCGUGGCUACCUGACCACUCUCAAGGACAACACGACCAUCACCCAGGGGCCCGUCACAGUGAUUGGUACCGGUAACACGCCACUGGAUUUGGUUGGGCCGGUAGCCAAUAGAGACUACUUCUUCGAUGCACCCCUCGAUCAACUUGAUGAAAGUCCAUUCAACGAAAUAACGGGCCUCAUCUCCCCCAUUGCCUCGACCAGUUUCGGGGCUGCCGUGGGCCCUCUUUCACAUAGCGAGUUGAAUGAGACUCAGACCCAGGCCAUUCGAGCGCAAAUCUCUGCUGCAAAGGAGAAGGGGAUCGGAGCCCGUUACUGGGGUACUCCUUACUAUCCGAUCCGGACUCGCAACAAUAUUUGGAGGACUCUGCUUGAGGAGGGUGUCGCUCUGUUAAAUGCAGACGAUUUGGAUGCGGUGGCGGGAUACUUCUGAUUCGAGUCUUCUUGGCGGGACAGGUGAUCUAGUGAGUCGAAGAUAGGUAUGUAGAUAGAUAGCUCCUCGCCGGGCUUUCCUUUAGAAGGUAAAUCCACUCGAUGC